UAUUCUGCUUUAACUGCUGAAGAGAGAAUCUCACAGAUUUUGCUCUGCAGUGGCAUCUCAUCUAAGGUGCGCUUGUCACAAUGAGGUUUUUAAUCUCAUUGUACGUCUGUCUCCUGGUGCUGAAAAAUAGUGAAAUAACCAAUGGACAAACAUUAGGCACAACAGACUCACCAACACCAGACGCAACAGAAUAUACAACCUCAUCAGCCUCAUCAUCAUCCUCACCAUCCACACCAUCACCAUCAUCAGGAUCCUGUGCUCAGCCAACAGCACUCUGCUGUCCUGGACAGGAUAACAGCUGCUCUCGUGGAUGUUAUUGUGAUGAGAUAUGCGUCAUGCUUGGGGACUGCUGUAGUGACUACAUCCAGACAUGCGGUCUCAACACAAACUUCACCACAGUGGCUCCAACAAUACAGACAGCAGAGACUCCGCCCACAGAAUAUUUUACUCCGCCCAUCACAAUCACAGAAGUUGACCCCUGCUACAACUACAAUGUUCUGGAUGAUGUCUGGAGAGCCACCAGUAAUCAGUAUAACUCUGGUUUAAUGUGUGACAUGUACGUGAAUUGGGGGGGCUGGUAUCGUCUCUUCAUUCAUGGUCAGAGCGCUCAGAUGCCGGACACAUGUGUUGCUCAGUACAGCUGUGGCACUCAUGCACCUCUGUGGCUGAACGGUGAACAUCCAAGAGUUGAGGACGGAGUGGUGACCAGAGACGUCUGUGGUCACUGGAAUAAUGACUGCUGCCAUUUCCAGUCCAAUCCCAUACAAGUCAAAGCCUGUCCUGGAGAUUAUUAUGUCUAUAAAUUUGUCAGUCCAUCUACUUGCCACUUGGCAUACUGUGCAGAUGAUGGAUACAGUGACACUACUCCAACCCCAAACAUAGAAACUGUAACUGUAUCUACAACCACCAUCUCAGACCCGUGCUCUGAUUAUAACACUAUUGAUGAAUAUUGGAGAGACAUACACCUGAACUCAUUCCUGGACUACGGCCAUGAUGACAGUCUUGUUGAGUGGAGUGGCUGGUAUCGGCUGUAUCUGAAUGGAGAAAGUGCUCAGAUGUCUGAGGGGUGUGUGACUAAUAUGGGAUGCGGGGGUGAAACAGGACUGUUUCUCAGUGGUUCUCAUCCACGACUUGAAGAUGGUGUGGUGACCCGUGAGGUCAUGGGGACUAAUAUGUGGUGGUGGUACCACAACCAGUGUGCCAGCUACAGAUCAGAUCCCAUUCAGGUGAAAGCCUGUCCAGGAGACUUUUAUGUCUACAAACUCACCACACCAGAUGUGUCGAUCUACAAGCCUUCAUACUGUGCAGUUUCUUUCAGCAGCAUCAGUGAUGAUCCCUGUUACAACUAUGAGUCUCUGGAUCGUCCCUGGAGAGCAACAACUGAAAGUGGAUUGUACGUUUGUGAUGAAAUCUUCUCCUGGAGUGGCUGGUACAGACUUUAUCAUUAUGGGAUGAACAUCCAGAUGUCAGAGAGCUGUGUUCAUCCAUACAGCUGUAACACAGUAUUUGGUCUGUCCCUCAAUGGUCCUCACCCGCUGAUAGAAGAUGGGGUGGUGACCCGGGAGGUCUGUACGGGGGACUUUUGGGGUGGCUGCUGUGAUUACAAGUCAAAACCCAUCAGAGUAAAAGCCUGUCCUGGAAAUUAUUAUGUCUAUGAACUUGUAAAUCCAAUAGACGGCGAAUGUUCAGGAUACUGCACAGAUGUCAGCACUAUAUCACAGACAGAUUUCAUACCAACAACAGCUUUCCUUACUGGAUCCAGCGUCGUCUUGAGUGACCCAUGCUCAAGCUACAAGAUACAGGACGACUACUGGAGGAGCACAAACAAUUACUGGUAUUUGUAUGGAUAUAUAACUGGACAUGAUGACACACUUGAGGAAUGGGAAGGCUGGUAUCGACUCUUCAUCAAUGGAUCGAGUGCUCAGAUGCCUGAGUGGUGUUUUACUUACAUGACAUGUGGAGGUGUCAGUUCUUUGUAUCUUGGUGGUUCUCAUCCUCGAGUAGAAGAUGGAGUUGUUACUCGUGAAGUCUACGGGUCUUAUUAUGACCAGUGCAGUCGUUUCACAUCCAACCCAAUCCAAGUCAAAGCUUGUCCUGGAGAUUAUUAUGUCUAUGAACUGACCAGACCAAAUCUAGCCAUCCCAGCUCCUUCAUAUUGUGCAGUUCCUUUAAGCUCUCUAAGUGUGGACCCUUGUGACAGCUACACCACUCUGGAUGAACCCUGGAGAUCCACUGAUAAUUCUUACUAUAACUAUGACUACAACAGCUACAAUGUCAUGUGUGAUUAUAAUGUUGAGUGGAAUGGCUGGUACAGACUCUUCAUCAACGGUCAGAGCACUCAGAUGUCAGAAUCAUGUCUCAGUGAAGGGAUGUGUGGCACAUAUAACCCACUGUAUCUCAGAGACCCUCAUCCACAGCUGGAAGAUGGAGUGGUCACACAACACGUCUGUAGGUCUUCAUGGAAUGGAUGCUGUGGUUCUGAAUCUCAUCCCAUACGAGUCAAAGCCUGUCCAGGAAACUACUAUGUUUAUGAGUUUGUAAGACCAAUGGAUUGUGCUGCUUACUGUGCAGAUGAAAGAAGGUUCAGUACUGUCAGGACAGAGACAACCUCAACCACAGUAACCACUGCGAUCACAGCUGGUAAUGUAACAGGCCCAUUUUAUCCGUUUGGAACUGGAGAUAUAGAGAAUAGACGUAGUGAUGAUGGAAGUUCUGAAGUCAUCUACCUUCUGCAACCAUUUUUAUUUUUUGGAAAAACAUACAACCAAAUAAAUGUGAACAACAAUGGACACUUGACGUUUGAUGGGGCGUGGUCGAGCUUCUCUCCAUACGCAUUCCCAGCUUAUGGUGGUAAAGACAUCAUCGCUCCGUUCUGGACUGAUAUUGAUAACGGUGGGAAUGGUGUGAUCUCAUAUCAGCAGUACACCUCUGGAGAUGUCCUGACACAGGCUUCACAAGACAUCAACCAGUACUUCCCUGACCUGAUCUUUUCUGCUUCAUGGGUCUUUGUUGCAACAUGGGACAGAGUGGCAUAUUUUCCACAGUCACGAACAGAAACAUCUUUCCAAGUGGUUUUGAUUUCAGAUGGACAUCUCUCAUUUGUAAUAAUGAACUAUGGUACUAUUGCUCCAUCACAGCGAUAUGUGCAGGCCGGCUAUGACACAAUCGACUCGAGCCACCAUUUUUCAAUUACUGGAUCACUUGUGAAUGACUUCACAAUCCUAACAUACAGUAGCAAUGUCAAUCUAACAGGCAGAUGGGCCUUCAGAACAGAUCAUGGAUCACGGGGUUGUCAGUUCAAUGGUUUAGCAGUGCAGCUGGGAGAUUCUUUCUGGAGUGAUUCCACCUGUCAGGAGAGAUGCACCUGUUCCAGAAGUGGUCUUCAGUGCAGCCAGGAGCCCUGCACUUAUUCCCAGGCAUGCCGCAGAGACGCUUUCCAAUACUCUUGUCAGAACAUUCAAAGGCAAACCUGCACCAUCUCUGGAGAUCCUCACUAUUACACCUUUGAUAACCAGGUUUUUCACUUUCAAGGAACUUGUACUUACGUUCUAUCAGAGGCUUGUGGAAAUGGUUUGCCGUACUAUCGCAUUGAGGGCAAAAAUGACCACCGUGGUAGUACACACGUGUCAUGGACUCGGAUGGUCAGAGUAUUGGUGUAUGAUGAAGAAAUUGAACUGAUUAAAGAUCACUAUUAUGAGGCAAAGGUUAAUGGGACCCUUACAGCAACACCUUUCAGUCUGCGUAAUGGAUCCAUCCAGGUCUAUCAGUCAGGUUUUAGCUUGGCAAUCAGCACAGACUUUGGUCUGGUUGUUACAUAUGAUGCAUACAGCUGGGUCACCAUCUCUGUACCUUAUGAAUACCAGAAUGCCACAUGUGGUCUGUGUGGGAAUUUUAACCUGUAUCCUGAAGAUGAUUUCCGUUCCCCUUCUGGGGAGAUACUGAGCUCAGAUGUGGACUUUGCCAACUCUUGGAAGGUAGAGGGGGACACAGACCCGGAAUGUCAUAAUGUCAGGUGCACGGGUCUGGCUUGUGCUGGUUGCAGCGAUGACGAAAUGAGUGUUUAUGGUGAUACAAACCACUGUGGGAUCCUAGAAGACAUCUUUGGCCCUUUUGCUCCCUGUCACUCUGUGCUUUCAACUCAGACAUACACAGAGAGCUGUGUGUACGAUCUUUGCUUAGGAGGAGGGUACCAACCCAUUCUGUGCCAGGCUCUCAAUGUGUACGCUGCUCAAUGCCAACAGCAGGGAGUACAACUUGGCCACUGGAGACAGCAGGGAUUCUGUGAGAUUCAAUGUCCUGAGCACAGCCAUUUUGAGCCUCAAGGAACAAGCUGCCCUGCAACAUGUACUGAUCCUUCUGCCCCCAUGAACUGUCCCUUGCCCAAUCAAGAGAGCUGUAUCUGUGAUGCUGGGUACAUUCUCAGUGCUGGGACAUGUGUUCCUGAAGCAGACUGUGGCUGCACCUUUGAGGGAUUCUAUUACGCUGAGGGACAGUCAGUAGUGUUGGAUGAGGACUGUGGUAGACAGUGUGUUUGCAGCAGCAGGGCAAUGAUCUGCCAUCAGCACCAGUGUAGUCCAGCAGAGGUGUGUGAAGUUCAUCACGGUGUGAGGGGCUGCAGACCGACCAGAUAUGCUUCCUGUUCGGUUGAAGGCCUAGGGUUCUAUCAUACCUUUGAUGGACAAGCUUUCAGAUAUCCAGGAGCUUGUGGACUGACCCUUGCAAGGGUCAUGGGACCAUCCCAAUUACCAUCCUUCCUUUUGACAGUAGAGAAAGUACCACGAGGCCUUCAAGGUUUUGCUAGGUUCCUGAAGUUUGAGGCAGAAGGGACUCAUGUCUCCGUAGAAAUGGGGGAAGGUAGCAAUGUGCAGGUAGAUGGACAGAUGGUUGGUUUGCCCAUAAGUGUUGGAUCCGGUCAAAUCAGCAUCUAUCACAGUGGUGUCAUGGGUUUUGUUCUGGAAACAAACUUCGGGUUGACCAUCAGAGCUGACUGGCCACACAUUGUAAGGAUAACAGUGCCGAGCACCUACGGUGGUUCACUUGGAGGUCUAUGUGGGAACUUCAAUGAAAAUAUUUAUGAUGAAUUCAUAAGUCCAGAUGGUGUCCUGCUGGAUGGGCCCCAAUCAUUUGCAGACAGUUGGCGUGAUGGGUCCUUAUCAGCACACUGUGAGGAUCCAACUGACCUCUGGGAAUCAGGACAUUAUCAGAACAGCCAGUUCAGUGAGCAAUGCAGCAUCAUGACCUUGCCCGAUGGACCAUUUGCUGAGUGCAGCACAACACUAAACCCUACGCAACGAAUCCAAGAUUGCAUUCAGAUGCUGGAGCAGACCAGCGGAGCAAGGGAGGCUCUCUGUGAGGCCCUGCGGGGAUACACUCUGCUCUGCCAAGAGAAUGGCAUUGCAGUUGGGGAGUGGCGGAAUAUUACCCACUGUGAACCCAUCUGCCCACCGAAUGCCCAUUAUGAUCUGUGUGGCACAUCCUGUCCUGCAUCCUGCCCUAGUCUCUCAUUUCCCUUUCAGUGCACCCUGCAGUGCCAGGAGGGAUGCCAGUGUAAUGAUGGGCUUGUUUUGAAUGGAGAUCACUGUGUGCCACCCAUGGGCUGUGGUUGUCGCUAUGCUGGACGUUAUCGACAGCCUGGAGAGCAGUUCUGGCGUGAUGAGGAGUGCCAGUCUCUGUGUGUUUGUGAUGGGAUUACUGGAAAUGUCCAUUGCUCACCAUCCUCAUGCAGUGAACAGGAACUCUGCAGUGUCGUCGAGGGAGAGUAUGGCUGCCAUCCCAGUCCACAUGCUAGUUGUUCUGCUUCAGGAGACCCCCAUUAUAUCUCUUUUGAUGGGACCUACUUUGAUUUCCAGGGCACAUGUAGAUAUGUGCUGGCCACAGUAUGUAAUGACACUCGUGGUCUAUCACACUUCCAGGUGGAUGCAAGAAAUGAGGCUUGGCAUGGACUCCCCGUUUCCAUUACCGUUGAGGUUUUUGUCAAUGUCUCUGGACACCUCAUCCACAUGUCACAGGACCUAAACGGUUAUUCUUCUGUUCAGGUUGAUGGAGAGAUCAGAAACCUUCCCGUCCUACUUGAUUCUGGCCGGGUAUCUGUCUACUCCACUGGAUCGAACACUCUUGUUUCAACUGACUUCGGUUUGAGUGUGACUUAUGGCUUCUGGGCGGUAAACAUCAAUGUACCAGCAGACUACCGAGGAAUUACGUGUGGACUUUGUGGCAACUUUAACGGUCAUACAGAGGACGACUUCAUGACUCCUUCAGGUUCUUUGGCUCCUUCAGUAGACCAGUUUGGGUCAGAAUGGAAGGUUGAGGACGAGAUGCCAUGCAAUGAUGGGUGCGGAGACGACUGUCCUUUGUGCCAAGAUCAGACCAUUGCUCAUGCCAUGUGUGAGAUCAUCAGAGACAACCUGGGCCCCUUUAGCUUCUGUCACCCUUCUGUAGAUCCACAAGCGUACUUCAAUGACUGUUCAUUUGAUGUUUGCCUCUCUGGAAACCUUCAUGAUGUAUUGUGUCAUUCUGUCCAAUCCUAUGUGAGGGCCUGUCAAUCUGCCAAUGCUGUUGUCUAUCCCUGGAGAGAAACUACAUCCUGUGCCAUGAUAUGUCCAGACAACAGUACCUAUGAGUUGUGUGGUACAGACUGUGGUCAUACAUGCGCCAGCAGCAUUGAUCCUAGUUGUGAACAUACAUGCUCUGAGGGAUGUUUCUGUAAUGAUGGAUUUGUGAGGAGUGGAGAUUACUGUGUGCCUGUGGAGCAAUGCGGAUGCUUGUAUGAUGGAUUCUACUAUGAUAUUGGUGAACAGUUCUUGGCAUCAGAAUGUUCCCAACACUGUGAGUGUUUUGCCCCAAAUGAUCUGCGUUGUUCCGCAUACUCUUGCCCAUCGACAAUGGAGUGUGCAGUCAAAGAUGGACGUCGAGGAUGCUAUGGCAAUGGGCCAUUUUAUCCAUUUGGAACUGGAGACAUGGAGAAUGGACGCAUUGAUGAUGGAAGUUCUGAAGUGAUUUAUCUUCUGCAACCUUUUAUAUUUUUUGGACAUACAUACAUCCAAAUACAUGUCAACAACAAUGGACACUUGACGUUUGAUGGGGCGUGGUCCAGCUACUCUCCAUACACAUUCCCAGGUCAUGGUGGUAAAGACAUCAUCGCACCAUUCUGGACUGAUAUUGAUAACCGCGGAAAUGGUGUUAUCUCAUAUCAGCAGUACACCUCUGGCGAUGUCCUGACACAGGCUUCACAAGACAUCAACCAGUACUUCCCUGACCUGAGCUUUUCUGCUUCAUGGGUCUUUGUUGCAACAUGGGACAGAGUGGCAUAUUAUUCAAAUUCAGGCACAGAAACAUCUUUCCAAGUGGUUUUGAUUUCAGAUGGCCAUCUCUCAUUUGUAAUAAUGAAUUAUGGUACUAUUGCUCCAUCGCAGCGAUAUGUGCAGGCCGGCUAUGACACAAUCGACUCGAGCCACCAUUUUUCAAUCACUGGAUCACUCCAAAGUGACUUCACAGACCUAACAUACAGGAGCAAUGUCAAUGUAGCAGGCAGAUGGGCAUUCAGAACAGAUCAUGGAUCACGUGGUUGUCAGUUCAAUGGCUUAGCAGUGCAGCUGGGAGAUUCUUUCUGGAGUGAUUCCACCUGUCAGGAGAGAUGCAUCUGUACCAGUAGUGGUCUUCAGUGCAGCCUGGAGCCCUGCACUUAUUCCCAGGCAUGCCGUAGAGACGCUUUCCAAUACUCUUGUCAGAACAUUCAAAGGCAAACCUGUACCAUCUCUGGAGAUCCUCACUAUUACACCUUUGACAACCAGGUUUUUCACUUUCAAGGAACUUGUACUUACGUUCUAUCAGAGGCUUGUGGAAAUGGUUUGCCGUACUAUCGCAUUGAGGGCAAAAAUGACCACCGUGGUAGUACACAUGUGUCAUGGACACGGAUGGUCAGAGUAUUGGUGUAUGAUGAAGAAAUUGAACUUAUUAAAGAUCACUAUUAUGAGGCGAAGGUUAAUGGGACCCUUACAGCAACACCUUUCAGUCUGCGUAAUGGAUCCAUCCAGGUCUAUCAGUCAGGUUUUAGCUUGGCAAUCAGCACAGACUUUGGUCUGGUUGUUACAUAUGAUGCAUACAGCUGGGUCACCAUCUCUGUACCUUAUGAAUACCAGAAUGCCACAUGUGGUCUGUGUGGGAAUUUUAACCUGUAUCCUGAAGAUGAUUUCCGUUCCCCUUCUGGGGAGAUACUGAGCUCAGAUGUGGACUUUGCCAACUCUUGGAAGGUAGAGGGGGACACAGACCCGGAAUGUCAUAAUGUCAGGUGCACGGGUCUGGCUUGUGCUGGUUGCAGCGAUGACGAAAUGAGUGUUUACGGUGAUACAAACCACUGUGGGAUCCUAGAAGACAUGUUUGGCCCCUUUGCUCCCUGUCACUCUGUGCUUUCAACUCAGACAUACACAGAGAGCUGUGUGUACGAUCUUUGCUUAGGAGGAGGGUACCAACCCAUUCUGUGCCAGGCUCUCAAUGUGUACGCUGCUCAAUGCCAACAGCAGGGAGUACAACUUGGCCACUGGAGACAGCAGGGAUUCUGUGAGAUUCAAUGUCCUGAGCACAGCCAUUUUGAGCCUCAAGGAACAAGCUGCCCUGCAACAUGUACUGAUCCCUCUGCCCCGAUGAACUGUCCCUUGCCCAAUCAAGAGAGCUGUAUAUGUGAUGCUGGGUACAUUCUCAGUGCUGGAACAUGUGUUCCUGACGCAGACUGUGGCUGCACCUUUGAGGGAUUCUAUUAUGCUGAGGGACAGUCAGUAGUGUUGGAUGAGGACUGUGGGAGACAGUGUGUUUGCAGCAGCCGGACAAUGAUCUGCCAUCAGCACCAGUGUAGUCCAGCAGAGGUGUGUGAAGUUCAUCACGGUGUGAGGGGCUGCAGACCCACCAGCUAUGCUUCUUGUUCAGUUGAAGGCCUAUGGUUCUAUCAUACCUUUGAUGGACAAGCUUUCAGAUAUCCAGGAGCUUGUGGACUGACCCUUGCAAGGGUUAUGGCACCAUCCCAAUUACCAUCCUUCCUUUUGACAGCGGAGAAAGUACCACGAGGCCUUCAAGGUUUUGCUAGGUUCCUGAAGUUUGAGGCAGAAGGGACUCAUGUCUCCAUAGAAAUGGGGGAAGGUAGCAAUGUGCAGGUAGAUGGACAGAUGGUUGGUUUGCCCAUUAGUGUUGGAUCCGGUCAAAUCAGCAUCUAUCACAGUGGUGUCAUGGGUUUUGUUCUGGAAACAAACUUCGGGUUGACCAUUAGAGCUGACUGGCCACACAUUGUCAGGAUAACAGUGCCGAGCACCUACAGUGGUUCACUUGGAGGUCUAUGUGGGAACUUCAAUGGAAAUAUGUAUGAUGAAUUCAUAAGUCCAGAUGGUGUCCUGCUGGAUGAUCCCCAUACAUUUGCAGACAGUUGGCGUGAUGGGUCCCUAUCAGCACACUGUGAGGAUCCAUCUGACCGCUGGGAAUCAGGACAUUAUCAGAACAGCCAGUUCAGUGAGCAAUGCAGCAUCAUGACCUUCCCCGAUGGACCAUUUGCUGAGUGCAGCACAACACUAAACCCUACGCAACGAAUCCAAGAUUGCAUUCAGAUGCUGGAGCAGACCAGCGGAGCCAGGGAGGCUCUCUGUGAGGCCCUGCGGGGAUACACUCUGCUCUGCCAAGAGAAUGGCAUUGCAGUUGGAGAGUGGAGGAAUAUUACCCACUGUGAACCCAUCUGCCCACCGAAUGCCCAUUAUGAUCUGUGUGGCACAUCCUGUCCUGCAUCCUGCCCUAGUCUCUCAUUUCCCUUUCAGUGCACCCUGCAGUGCCAGGAGGGAUGCCAGUGUAAUGAUGGGCUUGUUUUGAAUGGAGAUCACUGUGUGCCACCCAUGGGCUGUGGUUGUCGCUAUGCUGGACGUUAUCGACAGCCUGGAGAGCAGUUCUGGCGUGAUGAGGAGUGCCAGUCUCUGUGUGUUUGUGAUGGGAUUACUGGAAAUGUCCAUUGCUCACCAUCCUCAUGCAGUGAACAGGAACUCUGCAGUGUCGUCGAGGGAGAGUAUGGCUGCCAUCCCAGUCCACAUGCUAGUUGUUCUGCUUCAGGAGACCCCCAUUAUAUCUCUUUUGAUGGGACCUACUUUGAUUUCCAGGGCACAUGUAGAUAUGUGCUGGCCACAGUAUGUAAUGACACUCGUGGUCUAUCACACUUCCAGGUGGAUGCAAGAAAUGAGGCUUGGCAUGGACUCCCCGUUUCCAUUACCGUUGAGGUUUUUGUCAAUGUCUCUGGACACCUCAUCCACAUGUCACAGGACCUAAAUGGUUAUUCUUCUGUUCAGGUUGAUGGAGAGGUCAAAAACCUUCCCAUCCUACUUGAUUCUGGCCGAGUAUCUAUCUACUCCACUGGAUCGAACACUCUUGUUUCAACUAACUUCGGUUUGAGUGUGACUUAUGGCUUCUGGGCGGUAAACAUCAAUGUACCAGCAGACUACCGAGGAAUUACGUGUGGACUUUGUGGCAACUUUAACGGUCACACAGAGGACGACUUCAUGACUCCUUCAGGUUCUUUGGCUGCUUCAGCAGAACAGUUUGGGGCAGAAUGGAAGGUUGAGGACGAUAUGCCAUGCAAUGACGGGUGUGGGGACAACUGUCCUCUGUGCCAAGAUCAGAGCACUGCUCAUGCCAUGUGUGAGAUCAUCACAGACAACCUGGGCCCCUUUAGCUUCUGUCACCCUUCUGUAGAUCCACAAGCGUACUUUAAUGACUGUUCAUUUGAUGUUUGCCUCUCUGGAAACCUUCAUGAUGUAUUGUGUCAUUCUAUCCAAUCCUAUGUGAGGGCCUGUCAAUCUGCCAAUGCUGUUGUCUAUCCCUGGAGAGAAAGAGCAUCCUGUGCCAUGAUAUGUCCAGACAACAGUACCUAUGAGCUGUGUGGUACAGACUGCGGUCAUACAUGCGCCAGCAGCAUUGAUGCUAGUUGUGAACACACAUGCUCUGAGGGAUGUUUCUGUAAUGAUGGAUUUGUGAGGAGUGGAGAAUACUGUGUGCCUGUGGAGCAAUGCGGAUGCUUGUAUGAUGGAUUCUACUAUGAUAUUGGUGAACACUUCUGGAAUUCAGAAUGUUCCUACCGUUGUGAAUGUUUUGCCCCAAAUGAUCUGCGUUGUUCACCAUCCUCUUGCCCAACAACUAUGGAGUGUACAGUCAGAAAUGGACAUCGCGACUGCUACGCUGUGACUGAUCCAUGCCUUUCACUCAACUGUACUGAAGAUGAAUGGUGUGGAGAGAGAAAUGGUGUUCACGGCUGUUUCUGCCAAGACUACCAAACCAUAUCUGAACCUCACUCCUUCGAUUACUCUGAAACCUGUGAGAGCAGUUCAGGAUCUAUAUCUCUGUCUCGCUGUCAGCUGUUUGAAGCUGGUUUUUCAGCUCACCUUCUACAUCUCAAUGACCGCAGCUGUAGAGGAACCAUCCAGAAUGGAAGAGUGCAGUUUCACUUUGAUUACAAUGAUCACAUCUGUGGCACCAGACUUGUGGCCAACGGCACUCAUAUCAUCUAUGAAAUUAUUUUGGGGACACCAGAGUCAGCCGCAGGUCUCAUCAGCAGAGAGAAAAUACUGAAGCUAAAUUUCAGCUGUAUUUACCCACAAACACAAACACUUUCUAUGAUUGAUAUCAACCCACUGGAGACCAUUGCACACAGGGUUCUUCCUGCUGGUGAAGGGAGGUAUCGGGUGAGAAUGGUUCCAUAUCAGGAUUCUGAGUUCUCUCAGCCCUUCACUGGUCGUGUGGAUGCAGAACUCAACCAGCAGAUGUUUGUUGAGGUUGGUGUUGACGGGGUUGACAGUCGUCAGUUUGUCACAGUGAUUGACACAUGUUGGGCUACACCUGUGAAUGAUCCAGAUUACAGUCUGCGCUGGGAUCUCAUCACUGGAGAGUGUCCAAAUCCACAAGACAACACAGUGGAGCUUCUUCAGAAUGGUGUCUCAACAUCCAGCCGUUUCUCCUUCAGGAUGUUUAUCUUCAACGCAAACGCAACUAAAGUUUACCUGCACUGUUCUGUUCAUCUGUGUCUUCUGACCAACAAUCACUGUUCAGCGGAUUGUCAUUCUGGACAUCACCAGAGGAUGGGAAGGUCUCUGGACUUUUACGACAGUUCUUCUAUAUCCAUGGGUCCUCUGGUCUGGUCUGGUGGAACUUCGGAUACAUGGAGACCAGAAAAACUGAUGACAUCUGGAGCUCCAGGUCUCUGUGGUUGCUUGAUCGUUCUGCUGGUUUCACUACUGAGUGCCUGCACCAUCUACUAGGAUAUUUACACAAUUUUCUUUUAAUGCAUUUACAUUUUAUAAUCUAUAAAAUAUCCUAAAAUUUGCUUUUCAUUUAGUAUAUCUUAAUUAGUUUUCUAAUGAACAUACAGCAAUGGUCUUUUAUGACCAUUUUGUUUUUCUUUCUUGCAUGAUAAAAUAAGAUUUUAAUUGAUUGUUGAUUUCUUUUUUCUUUUUUAAAUACUCAAUUAAAAACAGAUUUUUCAUGUGUUUGAAUAAAAUUGCAUUGUGUCAAAAUAAAAUUUA